AUGAGAGAUCUUGCCGGUUGCUUGGCGAACCAAGCUGUCAGAGUUGCAGAAGCCACAUGCUCGGUGAACGGGCACUCGUCGGUGGCCGAACAAAGCCCGGUUCAGAACACCAUCACUUGCUUCUACAGAACCACCCUCUCCACCCGGAGGGAGCUGCACACCGGCGUCACCUGGUCCAAGUACCCAGCCGGCUCAUCCCUCUCUGUCAUGGUCGAAGACAGCUCCUCCUCCUCGUCCUUCUCCGGUACUCUGAUCAAGCCCAAUGUCGUGAAUUCCCAGCUCCUGCGGAAGAAGAAAGGCAGCCGGUCGUUCGUAGUCGGCAACUCGGCCGUCAGCCUUUACUGGGACGUCUCCGCCGCCACCUAUGAGUCGGCGCCUGAGCCCACCAGGGGUUUCUUCGUCGUGAUGAUCGCCGACGCGGAGUUCGGUCUGCUGCUCGGUGAUAUGUGCGGGGAGUUCGUCAAAAAGCUGGAGAACCCGCCACCGAUCGCAAAGUUCUUCAUGUCGAGCAGGAGAGAGCAGGUGCGCGGCACCACUCUCUACGCCACCAGGGCUCAGCUCGGCGACGGGGGGAAGCAGCACGAGAUAACGAUCAGGUGCAAGGGAGACGAGCUGGACGCCGAGGGCUCGGAGAUCUUCAUCUCCGUCGACAAGAAGAAGCUGGUCAGCGUGAAGACACCGACAUGGAACUUCCGAGGGAACCAGACAAUAUUCGUGGACGGAUUGGCCGUCGACGUGCUGUGGGACGUGCACGACUGGUGGUUCUGCGAAGCCUCGCACUGCGCUCGCUUCAUGUUCUGGCGGAGGAGCACGUCGGAGAUCAGGCUGUGGUCGGACGAGGAACUGGCGCCGAACAUCUCUGGGAGGAAGAGGGAUCCUAAGAAGAGGGAGACGGAAAGCCCUUUGAACUCCGGUUACCAUGCUACAAGAAACACAGAUGGGAAGAAGACGUGGUGGAAUCUGACAAAGGACAAGUCGAAUCUGUGGGGGAAGGGGAUGUGCUUCAGCUGGCAACAAAGGUUUUUGGCCUCACAGAUGACUCUCGUCGGUCUGAUCGGCUUAACAGCACGUGAGUUGCGGGUGCGAUCCACUCGUCUUGAUGAAGUUGGUGGGCCGUCAAAGCCCGCUUCUCGAAUCUUCGUUGUCCAGCCUUCUCAUCGUCCCUCUCGCUCCACUCGCCGUCGUCGUUCUCCGAUCGAGCAAAGACGUUGGCGUGCUGCAGGAAGUGCCACGGCUUUGCUUUCGGCAACCAAACAAUUGUGUGGUGAUGUGCACACUGCAACUUCAAUCACAGGCAGUGGCAGCAUCGUCUCCGUCCCCAACCAAGCGUUUCCUGGCCAUGUGCUCUUCCUGGAGUACGCCUUGGUCAAUCAAGAGUUCAACAUCACGCUGUGCUGUGCCCACUUCCUACAGCACGCCGUACAAGGAGGGGCCAAACGCACCUGGGUCAGCUGCCGGCGCAGUGAGUUUACCAUAUAUGGGAGCUUGGGGACGUGGUGCACGUCCCUGCUGCUGGAUAUGAGCAAGCACGAGUCGUGUAUAUGGGAGCUGUUUCGAUGCCCAUGCGCAGGUUUCAUGUGGUCCGGCGGGAGCGAUGGGCGUGCCUCCUUGUCCUCCCCUCGUCUCGUCGCGUCCGGAGGAGGGCGACGACCGGAAUUAAGCGUCCAACCCCUUCUUUCUUCCAUUAUUCGUCGAACUACUUCUCGCCGUGUAAUCAUUUCGAAUUUAGACGUGAUGGCAGCGUUCAAAGUGCCGCGUACCGCGACUGAGGCUCUCCAGUCGCAGACACCACGCGCACGGCGCAUCCGCUUGCAGCGCUGCCCAUUGCAGCCCGUCUUGCGCUUUGCGUUGUGUCCUCGGUCGCCCUAUUUAUAUACCACACACGCAAAUAUAAUUUUGUGCAAAUCGAAGUCAGUGCUCCAUAAUUCUAUCACGUCGUCCCAUGAAUUCAAUCUUUUGCCAUGACAA